AUGGACCAGAUUGACGUCAACAGUUUUGUUCAGACGGCAGUGGACAAACUGAGAUCAAUUGCUCCAAAUAGUGCAAAGAAUAAACCAGGCGGCGCAGAGUUGCAGACUGACUCUGUUCGGAACCGUCUUGAUGAACAGUCUGACGCGGGAAAGGACGGAGCGAAUGGCGUCUUCCUGCGGACUGGAACCAUAAGAAGGCAACGAAAUGGACCCGCUGAGGAUGUUUUGCCGGCAGAUCAGCCGACGACCACCAAAGCUGGAAAAGUUAGACAGCGAAUGAAAUGGACAGAUACAAUGAAUUUACAUGUUAUGCGCUGUUACUAUACCACCACUAAUCUGGAGACCACCCCGCUUGUUAGAUCUGAACUUUUAAAAAUGUUUUUGAGGAAGUUUCCCGACUACACAAAUAUUACCGAACAGCGACUUGUGGACCAAAAAAGAAUUAUCAUUACAAAAAAAUAUAUUUCCGAACUCCAUUUAGAAGAACUAAAGCAUGAAGUAGCAGAAGAACUGAAUCUCAGCCAACCUAAUCUAGCAUUCGACGAAAUAUCGAACGAAAAGGAACCUGAAACUGAAAUUAAUUUAGAUAUAAAUCAAGCAACUAAUCAACUCGACACUCAGUCAAUUCCAACAUUACCAGCCAGAGUUGAAUUAACACAAAUCACUGACAUUGAUGAGAAGCAUCUUGAAACUGAAUUUCAAACUUUACUUAUAGAAUAUACAAAUAUGAAUCCUAUCUGUAGACCCAAACUUCCGAAACAAAAUAAUUCAAGAAAACUGAUAAGAUAUACAAAAAUUAUGGAUGAAAAUAUACUGCCAAAAUAUCUUCCGCAUAUAACAAACUUCCUUGACCUACAUACACAUAUAUAUGCUGCAGCAGCAGCUAUAAUUAAAGCAAGUGGAGGCAGAAUUCAGAACAUUGAAAGGAAGCAUAAUAAAGAUCAAAAGGAACCAUGGGAAAUGCGAUUGGAGAUAGGAAUAGCAAAUACUUUGAAACAAAAAUUAAAAGCUAAAGCUGGUAGAAUAAGGAGAUAUCGUGAAUCCACACAGAGAAGAAAACAAAACAUGAAAUUCAACACCAGCCAAAGAGCUUAUUAUCGGAAUUUGAAAAUAAAUUCAAAUCAGCCUGUUGGUCCUUUACCUACCGAAGAGGAGAUCGAAAACUACUGGUCAUCAAUAUGGUCUCAACCAGUUAACCACAACACAGAUUCCACUUGGAUUAGAGAUAUAGAAGCCGAAUUGUUUCAUCUGCCAACAAUGGAACCUAUCACAAUAACAUCAGAUUUGGUUGCUGAAGUAAUUAGACUUACACAAAACUGGAAAGCAGCGGGCCCGGAUGGAAUCCACAAUUUUUGGGUUAAGCGACUGAAAAGUACACACACUUACAUUGCUAAGUACUUCACAACAUUUAUUGAAAGUCCAGAAACUAUCCCCGAAUUUCUUGGCAGAGGUAAUACAUACUUACUCCCCAAAUCCGAGCGAUUAAAUAAUCCAACAAAAUACCGACCCAUUACCUGUUUAUGCACACUAUACAAGAUCUUAACGGCAUGUAUUGCAAAAAGUAUCUACAAACAUGUUGAAGAUAAUAAAUUACUUUCUGAAGAGCAGAAGGGUUGUGUCAAAAAAUCUCAAGGAUGCAAGGAACAGCUCAUAAUAGACUCAGUAAUACUUGAGCAAGCAGCUAACAAACGACGAAAUAUCUACACGGCAUUUAUCGAUUAUAAAAAAGCCUUUGAUUCGGUACCGCACUCCUGGCUCCUGAAAGUACUACAGAUAUAUAAGAUUGACCAUAAAAUUAUAAAUAUGCUUCAACAUUUAAUGUCUACGUGGAAUACAGUUCUAGAAAUUAAUCAAAACCAAGGAAUAGUCAUAUCACAACCGAUUAGUGUCCAAAGGGGUAUUUUCCAGGGUGACAGCUUAAGCCCUUUAUGGUUUUGUCUGGCACUAAACCCCCUGUCUUCGAUUCUGAAUAAGACCGGCUACGGAUUCCAUAUAAAGUAUGACAAGACUCAACAUCAUGUUAUCAGUCACUUGAUGUACAUGGACGACAUUAAAUUGUUUGCAGGGAAUGAAAAACAACUUCAACACCUUCUUGAAAUUACAAAGACUUUCUCUAAAGAUAUCCAAAUGUCCUUUGGGUUGGACAAAUGUAAGCUACUUAAUAUAAAGCAAGGUAGAAUAAUAUCUAGUGGAUUCGACUUAGGUGAUGGAGAUAUCAUCGAAUCCUUGGAAGAACAUGAGACCUAUAAAUAUCUUGGACUAGCUCAAGGUAAACGCUUACAGCACAAAGAUAUUAAAGAGAAAAUCACCUCUAUAUAUAUUAGUAGACUGACGAAUAUACUUAAGUCUAAAUUAAAUGGAAAAAACACAUUUACGGCUAUCAACAGCUACGCAAUUCCGAUAAUCUCAUAUACUUUUGGGACUAUAAAAUGGACGAAAACAGAACUUGAAAAUAUCCAGAUCAAAACGCGAACUACACUAACAAAAUUUAGGGCGCAUCAUCCUAAGGCAGCAGUUGAGAGAUUAACCCUCCCACGCAAUAAAGGUGGGAGAGGUCUAAUUGAUUUAAGGUUUCUACACGCCAAACAAAUCUAUGGUCUUCAACAAUACUUCCUGCACCAGGCAUCAGGUCUUCACCGAGCAGUAGUGAGAGCAGAUAACAAACACACCCCUUUAGAUCUUCAACAUGCCGUUGACAUCAGGCUCCCAUCGGAUGUAAUCUACGAACGAGAGAAAGUCGAGGAGUGGACUCGAAAAGUACUGCAUGGGAGAUUUCCGCAUGAGCUUAACCAAACUUAUGUAGAUCAAGAUGCGUCGAACAAAUGGUUAUCUCAGGCGGAUUUGUUCCUCGAAACCGAAGGUUUUAUGUUAUCAAUCCAGGACCAGGUCAUAGCUACGAGGAACUACAGAAAAUUCAUCCUAAAAGAGCCGAAUGUAGUAGAUCAAUGCCGAAGAUGUCAUGAACCUGGUGAAACUAUCCAGCACGUGACAGCUGGAUGUCGAGUGCUAGCGCCAACCUCCUACCUCCAAAGACACGACCAAGUAGCGAAAAUCAUUCAUCAAAAGUUAGCAACCCUUUGUCAUUUAAAAGAAGAUAUUACACCUUAUUACAGAUAUGAACCUGAAAAUGUGUUAGAAAAUGCCCACUUUAAACUCUACUGGAACAGAAGUAUACUUACUGACAAAACAACUCCGCAUAACCGACCAGAUCUAACAUUCACCAUAAAAGAGAGGGCAUUAACUUACCUUAUAGAUGUCGGGAUUCCUAACACCCAUAAUCUGCAGUCUACAUGGAGUGAGAAGUUAAGUAAAUAUACCGCACUAGCUGAACAAGUUAAAAGUUUAUGGAAGCAAAACGAAGUGAAUAUCGUACCCAUUAUAAUUUCAUCAACGGGCGUAAUACCAAAGGCUCUCCACCAUAGUUUAAAAAAGUUAGAUCUUCCACCGUUACUCUAUAUACAACUCCAGAAGGCUGUCGUUCUUCAAACAGCCGCAAUAGUAAGACGACACCUCAAUCUUUAA